CAACGCGACAGCCACUGUAGCCUAGCUGCCACUGUCUCGCUUUAUGAAACAUUACGGAUGCAAGACUGUUACUGAGUGAGACAGAAGUCUGAACGAGUUCAGAAACAAUCCCAUCGCCACGAGGCAGACAAGAGAAAACUCUGCCAUUUACUGUAACGUUUAAAUGGAUGUGAAAGAGGAGACGUGUGAGGCUGACAUGAAUGUCAUAAAAUUAAGGAUCAUAAAUGUUAAGGAGGAGGACUGUGAGUGGGAGUGUGACCACCCUAAACAGGAGAGUCUGGACAUCAAGGUAGAGGACAGUGAACUGUGGUCAGUGAGUAUUAAAGAGGAGUGUGUCAGCACUGAGAUACACAACUGUACGAGUAUGGAGAGUGUCAAGGAAGAUGACCUUCAUUAUGAACAUCAAGAUAUAGCAGUGACCGGGUUAGUCUCUUCUCAUAGCAGACACUCUUCAUCUCCGGAGUCUUCUAUCAGUGUAAAAUAUGAAUCAUUACAGUCUGAGACACAGACGACUGAAGGAAUUUCAUCUCCUAGAACUGAGGAAGGUCAGACACCACCUAAGAUGUCAUCUAAAACAAGAAUCAAACUUCACUGCUGUUCUGAAUGUGGCAAACAGUUUUUACAGAGAAGCCAUCUUCAGCGGCACCAAAGAAUUCACACAGGAGAGAAGCCGUAUUGCUGUUCUGAAUGUGGGAAACGAUUCUCUGACAGUAGUAAUCUUCAGACACACAUUAAAACUCACAUCGGUCAGAAGCUGUACUGCUGUUCUGAAUGUGGCAAAACAUUUUUAUGGAGAAGUUAUCUUCAGCGCCACCAAAGAAUUCACACAGGAGAGAAGCCAUAUUGCUGUUCAGAAUGUGGCAAACAAUUCUUGCACCGUAAUACUCUCCUGAUACACAUGAAAAUUCAUGCAGGAGAGAAGCCAUAUUGCUGCUUUGAAUGUGGAGAACAAUUCUCUGGCUGUAGUUACCUUCAGACACACAUUAAAACUCACACAGGAGAAAAUCUGUAUUGCUGUUCUGAAUGUGGAAAACAAUUCUCUGGCAGUAACUAUCUUCAGAAACACAUUAAAACUCACAUAGGAGAGAAGCCGUAUUGCUGUUCUGAAUGUGGUAAAACGUUUUCACAGAGAACCAAUCUUCAGAGCCACCAAAGAAUUCACACAGGGGAGAAGCCGUUUUGCUGCUCUGCAUGUGGCAAAACGUUUUCACAGAGAAGCCAUCUUAAGAGCCACCAACGAAUUCACUCAGGAGAGAAGCCGUACGACUGUUCUGAAUGUGGUAAACAGUUUUCAGAGAGAAGCAAUUUUCAGCGCCAUCAAAUAAUUCACACAGGACAGAAGCCAUAUUGCUGUUCUGAAUGUGGAAAACAAUUCGUUUGCAGUAGUUUUCUUCAGAAACACAUUAAAACUCACUCAGUAGAGAAGCCGUAUUGCUGCUCUGAAUGUGGCCAAACGUUUUCACAGAAAAGCCAUCUUAAGAGCCACCAAAGAAUUCACACAGGGAAGCCAUAUGACUGUUCAGAAUGUGGCAAAAUGUUUUCACAGAGAAGCUAUCUUCAGAGCCACCAAAGAAUUCACACAGGGGAGAAGCCAUAUGACUGUUCUGAAUGUGGCAAAAAGUUUUCACGAAGUUUCCAACUUCAAAGGCACCGAAGAAUUCACACAGGAGAGAAGCCAUAUCAAUGUUUUGAAUGUGGCAAAAAGUUUUCACAGAGAAGCUGUCUUAAGAAACAUCAAAGAAUACACACGAGGGAUAAAAAUAACACAAACUCCCCCAUCUUGUCCACAGAUGAACACAGUACAAUAUGCUAAGCAGCAGAAGAAAGAAUUCAAAAAGUCUGAUGAAAACAGAAAAGAUCUAAUUGGAGAAACAAGUAAAGUGGUAAAUACACUGCCCACCUCCAGCAGCCUCAUGUGCACACAGAACUCACCCAUGCAUGGCUUACGAGGGGCAAACUAAGACCAAAAGAUGUACGCCUCAUCAUAGGUGCACAAAACAGUGGUUUGCACACAAAGUGUGUCAGAUCAUAAAUGGGGGGGGGAAUUAAAAAUAACUCGUAAUUUUCACUUCUGCCAGAAAGAAGUAGAAGCAGUCAGACAUCUUGUUGCUGGGUGCGAGGUACUGAUUGCUGAAGGAUUAUAAACUGCACAACACCACAAAGUGGCCAGGCUUAUUUGCUGGAAACUCUGCAAGAAGUACAACUUACCAGCACCAGAAAGACACUGGGACCACAACUCAGACCGCACAAUGGAAAAUGAGGAGGUACAGGUCAGCUGUGGCACAGCAAUACUGACUGACUGAAAAAUACAGGCCAGAAAACCAGAUGUAAGAAAUCCUGGAUAACAGAAUUAUUAGUUCCUCGUGAUUUCUCAGUCCUAAGAUUGGAGAGGCAAGAAACAAAAUACCAAGAAAUGCAGUCUGAGAUAUGACAA